UUAAACACAAAAACAACAAAAUUUAAUAUCGAAUUUCGAACUUUGGCGCGACUUUCGCAGUGAAAAAAAAAGAAAAGAAAAACAAGUAAUAUUUGUAAAGUGUAUGGCAAAUUAAAAGCAACUGCAACUGCAACAAGUGCAAUAUUGUGCAUAGUUUUUUAUAGCAAAGUGUUGCCAAGUGUAACACACACGACAUACAUAUAUAUACACACACAACUAACUUGGCAAGUGGACAUGUCUGCGUCUACUAAACUGGAGCAGCACUCCAAGCCCAUACUGAGUCCAACUCGAUCCCUUGAUGAAGGUUUUGAAAGUGAUCCGGAUCGGGUUUCAACCGAUUCAGAGCAUCAAAUAAAUAACAGCAACAACAGCAACAGCAAUAACAAUGCCAGCAAGCUGGCGCAGCUUAGUUCAGCGGCAACGGGCGGUGCCAGCAGCAACAACAGCAACAACAACAACAGUAGCAACAACAAUAGCAACCUGACAGAGAAACGCGGCGCACUUAGCUUGGCCGCGCCGCAAUUGCAGCGCCGCGAUUACUACAAGGAUCAAUUGCAGCAGCAGCAACACCAACAACAGCAACAACAACAGCAACAGCAACAGCAGCAGCAGUUGCAGGUUAAACAGCAACAGCAGCAACAGCGCCUUCAAUAUCAAAAGCAACGUCAGCCAAUGGUUGCCAGCGCCGCCGCUAGCAUUCACAAUCAUCGCUUGACCAGCGGCCUGAGCGUCGGCGCCGGCGGCGCAGCCGCUGCUGCAGCUGGAUAUCGGCGGGGGCGCCGCAUGCAUGUGACACCGCCUGCGCGUCAUGCCAUGCGCUCGCAUUCGGUGGACGCGAUUGGAAGGCAACGACAUGGCUACGAUCCGAGCAGCCUCAUCCUGAAGCACGACGGCAACGGCAACGUGAGCAGCUGCACUAGCAGCAGCGUGGGCGUGGGCGGUGGCGGCAGCGCCAACAGUCGCAUGCUCAACUACAAGAGCAGUGCAUCGAGCGCAGGCUCAGCGGCAGCAGCUGCCGCAGCAGCCGCCGCUGGGCAGGCAGCGUUGCUCGUGCAGCCCAUCUCGAGCGCCACGCUAUCGCCGCUGGUGGGUGUCGGGGUGGACGGCGUCAGUGUAGAAGGCAGCGGCGGUGCAUCGCCCGUUAUCGCUUCAGCUACGCACAGUCUCUACACCUUCUAUCCGGCCGAAGGCAAUCUGCAGGUGUGGCAGACCGAGUGCGGGGAUCUGACCUACAAAUCGUCAAGGAAUAUGCAUCAAUUACACAAGGCGCCCGUGUGCUGGACGCAGUCCAUACCCAGGCAGGCAAGACGAUACAUUACGCCAGCGGCCGCAGCGACAACAACAACACAGGCCAUAAGCACAAAUUGCGGUUCAACGGGCGGCACAAGUCUGGCGGUUUAUCCCACGGCCACGGCGCAGGUGUACCGCUCCAACAACGGCAUCGAUGUCCUCGACUGCGCCGGCCUGGAGCAUCAUAAUGGAUCAACAGGAACAGCAACUGGAAGCAAUUCCAGUGGCAGCGGCUUCUCGCAGCGACUGCGAGAGUUGGCCGCCUCCGCUGGUUUGUUAUCCCUGAAGCCACGCCAGCCGCUGAAGCCUGUGAUUAAGACACGAGGCUCGCCGGGUCCCGAGUUUCCUAAAAAGGUCACUUUCAGCGCCUUUGCCACGGUGCAGGUGGUGUGACUUUCCAGCACUGGACGUGGCAGUCAUAUUUUGG